AUGGCCGGUCCCGGUGGUGGUCCUCCCCGCAAGAGCCACACCAAGUCUCGCUUCGGCUGCAAAACCUGCAAGAGACGCCAUAUCCGAUGCGACGAGAGCUUCCCGCAAUGCCGGAAUUGCACCAAGCACAACUGCCGCUGCGAUUACAUGGACGUCGCAACCGUCCACGACGAAACCUCCUCCCGCAAAGUCCCCGACCUUCUCAUGUCCGCCGAGAUCGAGGUGGAAAUCAAGAACUGGCACAUCACCGGCGUGCCCCCCUUCCCCGAGCUGGUACACUUCCCGCGCAGCGGUUGGAGCCGACUGUCGCGAACCGACCUCCGCCUGAUCCAUCACAUCAUCGGACUCUCGAUCGAUCUCCAUCGUCGCGGCUUCAGCAACUGUACCAUCUGGGCGCAGAAGAUGCCAUCAUUUCUCUCCACCGCAUUGUCUCAUGACUUCGUUAUGAGCUCGAUUCUGACUCUGUCCGCCUCCCACCUUGCCUGGAUCACUCGAAAUAAAGAGACCAAACAACUGGCUUAUCACCACCGCGGCGUUGCGAUCCAGGGCCUGCACAAGGCCAUCGGCGCCUUUUCGAGGACAAACUGCGAGGCGAUUUUGGCUGCGUCGAUUCUUCUCUCCUGGCAGGCCUCCGAAUGGCAAAGUUGGGCUUCUCUGCAGCAGGGCCUCACGACGGUGUUGAAUUCGAUGCCUCCGAUGUGGAAGCAGGAAUCGGAGCUGGCCAUGUUCUUGGAAAAUCAACGGUAUCUAGGAUGCACCAAUACUCCGGUCAUGACUGGGUAUCAGUUCCAAGAUGAGGACCUCGCCAGUCUCGAGCACACCAUUCUGGCCCUUCAAAACGUCCAGAAGCGCGUCGGUCACAACCCCGAGCAUUAUCGCCGAAUCGGAGAGCUCCUCGACUUUGUACGCCAUUUCCAGAGAGAUCUUUUGUCGCAGACCCCCGAGCAGGCUUUCGAGCGUGUGCAGCCGCUGCGCAGGUGGCUGUUUUGGUUGCCCCCGGCCAUGCUCCGGGGCGGCGAAGCGGAUUUCGGAGCGCUCGCCAUCAUCGCUCAGUUUUUCGGCAUUGGCGUGACGUUGGACAGCCUGUUCCCCGACCUAGGAGGGGCGUAUCUAGGCCCGCUGUCUGUCGCACCGAUUGAGGAGAUCUACCGCAUCAUUGUCACACGAAGCGCGGCAGAUCCGUUCAACCCCGAUCUGCAGGUUGCCUCGGCUCUGAUGGAAUUGCCGCGACAUAUUGUGGCCAAGUACAAGAGUCGCCUUCAGUGGUCCCCGCGGACCUCGAUCGACCAUUACUCCCCGGCGCCCCCGAGCCCGUACCAUAACAUCCAAGAUUACCGCCUCGCCUCCUCGUCCUCGCCGUCCUCCACCUCCGCCACCUACGCUCCCUACACCCCGCCUUUGCAAUCCCCACCGGCAGUCACCAUUGCCAAUUCCCCGUUUGACGUGACGGGCACGUACGUCACCGCUCCGGGCACCCAGAGUCUCUAUCCACCGUCCCCCCGGCUACUGUCGGAUCCUCGCGAGGACCUCUCCGACUAUAGCCACCACAACGGAUCACUUCAGCAUUCACCCGCUUUCCCACCGUAUAUUGACGACGUGGCGUGCGGCGGAGUGGAUACGUCGCUGGGAAUGGAUCUGGGGUAUUACGAGGAGCCCCAUGCAAUGGUCGGGGGGUUCAGCGGGCCCGAGCCCGUCUGGAACGGAAGUAUCUGCACGUAA